CAGGAAAAAGCGCCAACUUCUGCGGCACCGUCUGAAUUGUCAAACACUGUGUAAAUGGUUCGCAGACUGGAUAUUUGGUGAAAUAUAUCAGACUUACAUCUGGAAUGACUCGUUCAGUGAGGUGCGCUGUUGCGUCUCAGUAGAAAAUAGAAAUCACCAUCAAGGUAGCGGGGAACGAUGCCAGGUCUGCAGGGCGAGAACGUGGUGGCGGCGCUGGGGAGCCCUGUGAAGAAAAGUAAACUCUCUCUGAAGUUCUUCCAGAAGAAGGAAACCAAACGAGCUCUGGAUUUCUCUGAAACUCAGACAGAUGAACCCAAAACAGCUGAACCAGAGGAGCCUGAGCAAAGCAGCUGUGAUCAGGUGGUCCCUGGUCCGUCUCAAUGUCCAGCCUCACCUGGCCUUCUUCUGCCAUGUGAAAAGAGAGAGACCUUGGUGCCAUUUGUGGGGUUCAACAACCUGGGAAACACCUGCUAUUUGAACAGUAUCUUACAGGUUCUCUAUUACUGCCCAGGGUUCAGAGAAGGAGUAAAGAAGCUGCACAACCUGUCUAAAAGAAAAGACAAACCAAAGGAUGAAACUGAUAAAAGUGAAGAGCAGUCAGACUGUGCAUCUGAGGCUCUGCCAGCUCACCUCGAGCUCCUGGGGAGCUUCAACAGUCUGAUACUUUCAGUGGAGCAGCUGCAGUCCAGCUUCCUGCUCAGUCCUGACAGCUUCAGCGAAGGAGAGCUGGCUACACCGCCUCGUAAACUACUACACACACUCAGGCAGCUGAACCCCAUGUAUGAGGGAUAUCUUCAGCAUGAUGCUCAGGAAGUUCUGCAGUGCAUCCUGGGAUAUAUCCAGGAGGCCUGUGACACCAUCAGGAAGGAGCAGCAGUUGGAAAAGGAGGAUGACGACGUGACAGAAGUCAAAAUGGAAAACGGCCUCCAUUCGGUCUCCAGCAGCUCUGCCACAGCAUCCAAACCUCCCACAGAAGAGGACGGCCAAGUCAGCGGCAAGAGAAAGAGUGACACUGAGGUGGGAAAUGCCAAGAAAAAGCCAAAAUCUGUCAAGUCGAAGAAAUCUGACACUGCGGAAGACAACAGUAUAAAUGUGCCCCUCACUCGCUCGAAAAGAAAGUCCUCCAGUGACAUCGCAAUCGACAACACCCAGAGUAAAGGUGGAGAGGAGAAGGCAGAAGAGGAGAAACCUAACCGGGAAGGAGGAAGUGACGAAGAGGGGAAGGAUGAAAAAGCAUCCAAAGAGACGGAUGGGAAGAGGAAGAAGAGAGCAAAGCUGAGCUGGUUGAGGCCGUCAGGGAAACAGCCCAGUAUUUUCUCCAAGUUCCGCAGUGUGGGGAAGCUGAGCUCUACGAUUUUGAAGAACCAGAACAAAGCAGAGGAGGAACAAGAUCUGAAGGAUGACCAGAAGAAGAAGAGUCCAGAGAUGCCACCUCAGAACACAGCUGAAGACAAGAAGGCAGUGAAACAUCAAGAUUCCGAGGGCCUGGGCUUGAUGGAGCGCCUGUUUCAGGGUCGGCUGGUUCUGAGGACUCGAUGUUUGGAGUGUGAGAGCUUCACAGAGCGGAGGGAAGACUUCCAGGACAUCAGCGUCCCCGUGCUCGAUGAUCAACCUAGCAGCCCAGAUGACCUUUCUGAGGUGUCUCCAGACCCUAAACCAGAGCUGAAGACUCUAAAAUGGGCCAUCGCUCAGUUUGCGUCGGUGGAGCGCAUCGUCGGGGAGGACAAAUACUUCUGUGAGACCUGCCAUCAUUACACGGAGGCUGAGAGAAGUCUGCUGUUUGACAAAACUCCCGAAGUCAUCACCAUUCACCUGAAGCGCUUCUCCGCCAACGGCUUAGAAUUGGACCCGUACGCAGGCCUCUCUAAGGUGAACACUCCCUUACAGACCCCUUUGACCUUGUCCCUGGAGGAAUGGUGCACUCGUCCCUCGUCCACUAAAGGGCAUCACUACCAGCUCUUCGCUGUGGUCAUGCACAGCGGCGUCACCAUCAGCAGCGGCCACUACACCGCCUACGUCCGCAUGUCUGACCUGAAAGACGCCAAGUUCGGGUCGCGGAACGGAAAAGAGUCAGGGGAGGAGGAAGAAGAGAAGCAAAGUAAAGAGGGCGCACAGAUCAAAGACGAAGGGCUGGACUACGAUGAUGGAGAGGUAUCCUUCAGCCUCAAUGCAAGGGGACAGAGACGGGCAAGUCUGGCUAAAUCAGGGAGCAAAAAGCUGUCAGAGGGUGGAGUUGGACUCUUGGGAGGCCAGAGGAGUUUGUCCAGUUAUGAGCUCGGAGGCAGCAAACACACAGAGAAGGCAGGCAGCGGUGGAGCAACAGAGGGAUCUAAGCGGAGAAAAACCAUCAACAGCACCAGCCAGAACACUGAAGCUGGACUUAAAAAGGAGCCAGAGGCAGCCGAGGAGGCAUCGAUGACUCCCUGCGGCGGGGUGGAGGCCACGGAGCAGCAGGCUUUAAACAGCCUCCUGGAAUAUGAAGGCAAAUGGCUGCUGUUUGAUGACUCUGAAGUGCGUCUGUUUGAGGAGGAGGAUUUCCUGCAAGCCUGCUCUCCUGAGACGUGCUCCUCAUCGACACCUUACCUGCUGUUUUACAGAAGGAUGCCUGAACCCGGACACUAAAAUAAACACUCGGUUGCAGCUGAGCCCCCAGACUAAAGACAGAUGUAUUUUUUUAAAUCGUGCCAAAAAUACUGCGGCUGCCACAUGAACUCUUCUCUCUAUGGGACCAAGGCCAUUUCCUGCUUCAUGAACUCAUAUGCAGGUACUCAGCUGGUGGAGGCCAGGAUGGAUUCAAAGUAAUAUUUUAGAAAUAAACACACAUACUACAAAUGAUGAUCUGAUCUUCUGAAUGCCAGGGAGGACUACAACUUUUUCUUUUUUUUUUUUCCUGUACAGGGUCUUUUUACGGUCUUUACUGUACUAUAACUCCUUUGACACUGGCUUUACUACUCUGUCAAUGUCUGUACCUUGUUCUAUUUUUUUGUCUUUCUAAGUUUGUAUGGCUCAUUCUUACAAAGUGAAAAAGCACUUUUGAACUAAAGUGAAAAUGUAAAAUGUUGGGAAAUGUCUUUUUUUUUUUCCCCCAAGGCUGAAAGUUUCUCUUUUUUCUGUAAGUGCUGUAUAAUUUUUUGUUUUUUCUUCAGAAGAGCCUUUACUCACCUCUGAAAGGUUUUUCCUGUGAACCAAUCCCUUAUUUAAGGGUUUUACAUACAAACGUGUACAUAUUUUUGUAUAUCUAAAGGCCUAAGGUGAAUACCAUCUAUGCUGGUGAACCUAGAGUGUAGGACACUCAGUAGCAACAUAUACGGCUCAAAAAAAUUAAGGGAACACUGAAUCAUCACGGUGUAACGUCGAUUCAGCUAAACUUCUGGGAUCUCAAUCUAGGAAGUGAUUGUGGGUUUUGUUGUCCCCUGUCCAAGCAUCGAUGAACACUGUGUCAUUUAUUGAGAACAAAAUUACAUCAUGAAGUGUUCCCUUAAAUGUUUUGAGCGCUGUGCAAUUACAUAAAACAGUUUCUUAAUGCAAAGUUUCUGAAUAUUUUGUUGGUACUCGAGUUCACUUUUGCAGUUCAUCACUCAGCUCAGAUAUCAGACUAUUUAAGGUGCCAAUUUAUGGUGAAUGAUGCUUAAAUAAAUCUUUGAGUAAGCUAUUGGGGUUUUUUAUAGGAUACAUUUUGCAAGGUUAUAUAUAAAAUUAAAAAAAAAACAGCUUCCAUAUUUAAGUGUGUAGCUAACAAUGAACAUAUUUGAAUGUGCAAAUCAGGAUUUGAAAUUUGCAUCCGUCAUUUUGAAGCUUCUUAUUUCACACACAACUUCAGCUGUAACUUAGUUUUGUGCAGUGAGGAGGAGGAGGAGGAGGAGGAAGGGUCGACAGGGGUUAGAGGAAGAGCUGUGCCCACUGAGACCCCGACUCCCACAGCAUACCUCCACUUCUGUUUCAUGAAAGACUCAACUGUUAAGAAUUGAGAGUGCACUGGGUCACAUUGGAGGCUUUAAAAGUAAAAACAGAAUCACAAGUUUUUUUUAAAUGUUUCUAAGCCACGUGAGGAAAUUCUGUGUUAGAGUUUAGUGAGCAGUUCCACUCAAAGCUGCUCUGGGCCGUUGUCACUGUUUACAUACAGAGAUCAGCCACAACAUUACAACCACAGAGAGGUGAAGUGAAUAAUAGCAAUCAUCUUGGGAAACACGAAGCGCUGGCAUUCAUGUGGAUGUUACUUGAACACAUACCUCCCACCUAAACAAUGUUGUAGACCGACGAGGCGCCCCGCAACACCAAAAAAACCAAACUGGUGAGGAACGAACGGCUUCAGGAACACGACAAAGAGCCAAAAGCAUCACUGAGAUGUGCUACAACAAGCCAGACUCAUGGAGACCUCACCACAAAACCCCCCAAAAAUCUACUACCUGUGUCCUGGUACCAGAGAACACCCCUAGAGGUUCUGUGUCUAUGUUCUGAUGGGUCAGAGCUGUUUUGGUGACACAUAGACAAGCAGGCUGUUUUAAUGUUGUGGCUGAUAACAGCUACAAGCAGCACAAACUUUUGUCUUUUCAAGUGUCCGGCUCCGUAUAAACAUGGUUAUUCUUCUAACCCAAAUUUUAGAUUCAAGUCUUUUUUGAGACUCUUUAGCCCAAACGGAUGAUUGUCUCCUCCGCAUUUAACAUUUUAGAAUCUUGCCAUAACAAUAAGAAAGCAAAUGGACGUUUGCAUUCAGAGCAUGUCCCUGUGCGUGCUCGAGGAACUACUGUCACUAAUCAAGGAUUGAAUCCGCUGCACUGGUUCGCUGAUUUCUCAUGUAAAAUAUUGCAUUUAUAACCACAGUCAUUAACGAGUACUACGGUAAAACACAGUAACGAUGACAUCGCUCAUCUCAGGUCCAAUCACGGUUUCAGGGCUCGACUCGUACGUGUCUAGUUCAGCUUUUCACGAGUCAUUCAAGUGAUUCUCAGUUUACUAUAAAUCAUUGGUAUUUAAUCGGGAGAUGAGUAUUUAACUCACAUACAUGCAGAGUUGGUGUAAUUGUUGUAAUAAAACAGAUGCAGUCCUGAUUGGAGUGUCCUUUAAACUGUGCCCCAUUCCAGCUGUCAUUUAUGUCAAAGCUCAAACUAUAAGCAAUAAAGUUUUUACCUUCA